GGGCGCUCGAGUAUCCUCAGCACUUCGUCUCGCUGCGUCACAAAACUUCCAGGCUAUAAAACUCGGUCAAAAGUCCACCAUGAGCUACGAUACGCCUCGCAGGGCUGCUGUCCUGCCCCCGUGCUCCAACAGGACCCUGCAGCACCCCUCUUUCAUGUCUCUGUACAUAGCCGCUCAAGGCAAGACACGUCCCAAAGUACAGGGCAGCACCGGACCAUCCCAGACAGUCCCUAGCCUCAGCCCACGAGAGGUCUUCUACAAUGACCCCAUUCUCUGGGGGGAAAGGAUCCCCAACACCGUGGCAAAUUUGGAGUCGCAGUUGAGUUUCUUCCAGCUCCACACACGACCGCCGCUUGUGUCCUCAUUUGAAGCUCCUCCUAUGCAAGCAGACCCUAAACGGACACAUCUGGGCAGCGCCAACGUCCAUCCAUCAGUCAUCCAUCUCAGCCCGGAUGAGCUCCUGGCGAUCCAAUGUCUCCUUAAACUUCCCCACCAGGUGCAAUUCACCAACAGUGCAGAGCCACCUGUGGCUUGCAAGGACACCGGUGGCCUCGGAUUAGCAGCAGGAGAUGACGAGGAGGAUGGAAGAUGGUGCAAUGCAGAGCUUGAGGCAGCUCACACUCUCAUGGGAGGUUUUGUUCUGAGAGACGAGGGCACGGUUAUGGUCCAGAGGCGUCCUGACGGAUGGACAGAGGAACUUGCCAGCUGUGAACCAGAAUGGAUGGAGGCCAUACUGAUAGAUGCUGUGGAGAUCUACGAGGAGUACUUCAUACCUCUUCCACAAACAUCCUCUGUGGAUUAUAUAGUGGAUGUGGAUGCUGAAUAAGAAGUCCUCCUGUUUCUUUGGGACACAUUUUCAAAAUGUUUCAUUUGUCUGGGAGCUGUUAUUUAGUUCAAGUGCCCAUUUAACAUCUAAAUCAAUGACUUCAAUUACAUAGGACCAAGCACCUGGCAGGCUAGUUACACUUUUAUUGUGUGUGUGUGUUGUAAAGCUACUCGCAGCACAUUGCGUAUUUACAAAACUAAACCUACACAAGGCUCAUCCAACGUGUCAGCCAGGUUGAGCAGUCCAGUGAUUUCAAUUUGUUUUUCCCAACUUGACUGGAACAAUUGUUGUAUUUUACAGUUUGUUGUUGUGUGACUUGUUCACAAUGUGAUGUCUUUGACACGCAGUCAUUAAAGCAGCAGCAGCUUCUUGGA